AUGAAAAAAUCCCAACUUAACCUCGAAAUUUUUACUUAUUUCGGUAGAUUAAUAAUUAUUUAAUUAAAACUCUGGCUAGUUCUGCUAAAUUUAAAAUGAUUUUUUUUUCUUAUUUAUGUUGAAAAUAAUUUCCCAAAAUUUUUAAUAAAAUUAAUAAUUAUAAAAUCUCUCUUGGUGAAUUAUGAGUUAUUUGUAUCCUCUAAAAGAGGAGUGAAAAUUAUUAAUUUAGUUCGAAAUAUUUUUAUAUUUGCAGUAUUCCAAGACUUAAUUAGAAUAAUAAGUUUAAUUUCUGCUUAUAAAAGCAGAGCUUUAUCUAAAAAUAUCAAUAGCAGCUUCUUUGCUCUCGACAAGAUAUGUUUAUUGCUCUAUAAGAUUCUAUUUAGAGAAGCUAUUUCAUAG